AUGCCUGAGAUCGACAUCCAGGACGGCCCCUCCGACCUCGAAUCAACAUCCCCUACAGACUCGGCCCCUUCAGCAAGCUACUACCAUACACCAACUUUACCACAUUCGGCAUCCGCUGGAGUUGCGAAGAGAAGGAAGAACUCGAAGGUUAAGAUGAGCCCUAUACUCAAACGCGCUUCGUCAACUCCGCAGUUGAACGGACUCUCAGAGUCAGGAGGACUAUCACCCAGCGCUCUCGACAAAAGAAGGAACAAACUAGGUUAUCAGCGCAUAUCAAUUGCUUGCUCUCAUUGCAGGCGCCGAAAAAUACGAUGUGUCCUCGCGGAAGGCGAUGAUAUGGGCAGAUGCAAUAACUGCAUUCGACUGAAGAAAGAAUGUGUCUUCUACCCUGUCGAUUCGGCAGGAGGUCCAGAGAGUCGCGCGCAGACGAAGGGAUCCAAGGAUUCUUCAGUAAUCUCAAACUCGCCCACAGAGAUGCAUCCUCCGGGCUCAAAACUCGAUCACGAUCAUGAAAUGGGUCGUUUCCCUCAUCUUGCAUCGAACGCUCCCCCGGAAUACGGCACAGUUGAUCCUAAUACAGGAUUGGGCAUUUCUACAGCCACACCAGUCGCAUCCGAGUUCGCCUUUGCUCGCCCUGGCUAUCCCUCCAUCUACGCUGGUGACAUGCCAGGGACUGAGCCUCCGACACCCGUACACUGGAACUCUUCUUCGCAAAUGGGCGACUAUUCGAACUACUCGACGACAGCCGAACACUCUCCGAACGUUUAUCCAUCUUUUGCAUUCCCACAGCAAAGAGACGAAUAUGCCAUCCAGCAGCCUCCGAUACGUUCUAUGUCAUACGGGCAUAUCGAGCCUCAGCUGCAAAGCUUUGCGCCUGCUGGAAACCCGAUUGAAUACACAAGACCAGGUUCUUCACACUACAAUCUUGCACCUCUCGACACAGGGGCACCACCUGGUACUAUUUCAGAAGCUUCCUUGUCCACCCCUGUCACUAGCGAAUCUACCAUGACUCCUAUAGGUAUGUACCCUCCUCAAUGGGGGUUCUACCAACAGCAGCCUCCUAUGGGUAUGGAUUAUUCGUCAAGGCACGAUUCUCUUCCUACGCAAUGGUAUCACCCUCAGCAAUUAGGAUCAGCCAUGACAGAGCAUGAUCUACAUCAUCAGCACCCUAUGUCACAAGCUCCGGGUAGCGCAUAUGUCAAAAGGUCUUAG